AUGGUUCGGCACAGAAGUUCCAAACAAAUUCAACACGUUGAUUACAUUUCUCGACAGUCAUUACAAGAUAAACCUAUUAAUACUUCGGAUUGUUUGUUAAUGCAACCUUUACUAGUGAGACGUUCAGAUCUCAUUAGAGAAACGCGUAGAUAUUUUGGAUGUAUACUCAGUGCCAUAAGGAAAGGUUGGAAUGCUAAUUUGAAACGUAGAUUUCCUGUCUAUUUUUCAAAGCGGGAUGAGUUAUCUACUACUCCUGAUGGUAUCCUGUGUUUAAAUGAUCGUGUUGUCAUUCUUCCUUCAUUGCGUAAAUCUGUUCUUGAAGAUCUUCAUAGUGGUCAUUUAGGUGUUGAGAAAAUGAAGUCCUUGGCAAGACUCACAUGCUGGUGGCCAGAGAUAAAUGCAGAUAUAUGUCGUACGGCAAACAAUUGUGAGAAAUGUCAUCAGUUGAAAAAUCAUCCUUCGAAGUGGGUGCCAUGGCCAGUAUCGUCUGAGGCCUGGCAGAGGAUUCAUGCUGACUAUUGUGGACCAUUUCUUGGUAAAUACUACGCACUAGUAGUCAUUGAUUCUUUUUCAAAGUAG